CUUUUUUUGUGUGUGUUCUGGGUCGUUUGGGACAUUUUAAUGACACACGAGGCGUAUCUGGUGCAAGAAAGUGAGGCACAUCAAGAAAGAAGCUUUAGAGCAAUAUGUGUUGAGUGCAGCGUCUUCGGUGUUUACGCCUGGGUGGACAGACUGGCAGAUGGAGCUGGGUGGUGCAAUCAGACGGCUGGUUCCAUCCUUAAUGAGUGGUUUCCCGUUUUUUAAAUGCUCUCACACCGCACCUUGAUGGUGGAUUUGAUUUGAUCUGAUUUCAGAUAUUCUUAAAUAUCUCCUGAUUACAUUGUAGCCUUUACUCAGACAUGGAGGAACCUGAUAUACGACAACAGAAGCUGGACAACCAGAGAACCCUGUUGAUAAAAAAGCAGCAAAAGAAAAGGGCUGAUACUCAAAUGGUGGUAGCCAAUCGGGACAGUCGACAAAAGAAUCGAAAGCACAAAGCUGUCUGCUCUGAUGAGACGCCUCUGUUGAUCAGCCAAUCCCUGAGCAACACUUCUCUGACUGAUCAAGUUGAACAUGCCCAUGAUAACCCACUCGAUGAGAUCACACUGGGUGAAUGUGAGAUGACAGCCAGCAUGGGGUUGUAUGAGACGUCUCCAGAGAACCCUGUUACCCCAAAGAAAAUGGACUUGGAGGUUGACAAAGAGCCUGAGGUGAAAUGUGAAGAGGAGAAUGACAUCCAGGAGGAAGGAAAAAAGACAAAGAAGAAGGACGUGAAAAAAGCAAAAGCUAAACAGGAGGAACAGACCGAGGACAUGGAGAAAGACAAGGAGAAAAAAGCAAAAAAGAAGGACAAAGUGAAAGAAUCUGCAGAUGCACAGAAGACAAACAAGACUACCAAACAAGACCGUAAAAAGAAGCAUUUAGAAGAGGCUUCAACCCCUGAGACAGACCCAUUAGGGAAGGCUGGAAGUCCAAAGAAGAAUAAAUGUGAUGAAAGUGAUGAUCAAGAGGAAGAAGAACCCCAGAGGCCUGUGCAUCAGUCACCUAAGAAGAAAAAACAACUGGACACGUCGAGGUGCCAAAUAAGUGACGAGAGCAAAGACGAGGAAAUCCAAGAAAAAGAGAAGAAGGAAAAAAAAGAAAAGUCGGACAAAGCAGAAAAAAAUACGCCGAGUCUAGCUUCCCUUAACUCCAACUACAGGGAGAGCGCUUCCUCAGGCAGUGAAUCCAAUGGAAGACCAACUUCUCCUAUGUCGGUGGAGGAUCUUGAGAAGUUUGCCUCGCGCCCUGCGCCAAGAGAUGUGACGAUCCAGUGCAGGGUCACCAGGGACAGGAGAGGCAUGGAGAAAGGCAUUUACCCAACAUACUACCUCCACAUGGAGAAAGAGGAUGGCAAGAGGGUGUUUCUAAUGGCAGGUAGAAAAAGGAAGAAAUGCAAAACAUCCAACUAUCUCAUCUCCACUGACCCGACAAAUCUGUCCAGAGAUACAAACUGCUACAUCGGAAAACUGAGGUCUAAUGUUCUCGGUACCAAGUUCACAGUCUACGAUGGAGGCGAAAACCCUGAGAAAAAACCCUUUAUCAAAGAGUGUGAAUCAGUGCGUCAAGAACUGGCAGCGAUUUGCUAUGAGACAAAUGUGCUGGGUUUCAAGGGUCCACGGAAGAUGACAGUGGUCAUCCCUGGCAUGCUUGAGAAUGACGAAAGAGUGUCCAUCCGUCCCAAAAACGAUCAAGAGACUCUACUGGGGUGCUAUGCAAACAACAACACUGACAAACUGGUCACCCUGGUGAACAAAUCCCCGAGCUGGAACGAACAGACUCAGUCAUACGUGCUGAACUUCCAUGGACGUGUCACGCAGGCCUCUGUCAAAAACUUCCAAAUCAUCCAUCCUGACAACGAGGAUUACAUAGUUAUGCAGUUUGGCCGUGUAGCGGAGGACGUCUUCUCCAUGGAUUACAGUUUCCCUAUGUGUGCCCUGCAAGCGUUUGCAAUUACCCUCUCAUCAUUUGAUGGCAAAUUGGCCUGUGAGUGAUCCAUUCUGGCAUGCCUCAAGCGCUCAACUACAUCCCUGAUCUAGAUAGAAAUGGGAUGUCCAAGGGAUGUCCAAUAUCUUUUUUGGCAGACCAGGUACAGGUAGAGUUGGGAUAUGAGUAAUUCAGUUAACAGUUCUAACAGUGAUGUUCAAAAUGUCUUUAUAUCUAAAACAGAAGGAAUGAUACUUAGGUCAGCAAGAGACGAGGCAGUCUGAAGGUAUUUAAAUUUAUUGCCAUUUUCCGUGUGUCAGUGAAGCAUAUUUUUUACAGCUGCAGCUUAGGUUGCCUUCAUUCUUCUGAUGCCAUUGAGGUCUCCGAAGCACAAUCAUUCCAGGAAUCACAUCUGACGCCAAAGUAAAAGAUGAGCUCACUCUUAAGGUUAACUCCUCGAACGAAGCCAGGCCAAAUAGCGUGUUGUUCCAGAAACGUCCACUAUUGAGCAGUGGGAUGGUUUGGGAAUUAAAGUUUGGACCCAAGUUUUUCCAGAGUUGGCAACAUCAGGAAGCCAUGUACUUAAAGUACAGCUGUAUGAGAACACCACUCUGAUGUAACAGUUUAGAAAAAUAACUGGCAAAUGCAAAGAAAUUGGAAGUACUGUUUUUUUUUUUGUUUUUUUUUGCUCUACUAGAGGUGUCUGUUCAUAUGACCCUUUCCCCCAUUUGAUGCCUACAUGUAGUGCCACACCGUUAGCAUGAUACUGUCUGUUGGAGCUGUCUUCCAGGUGGGAGUAGGGCUAUGGUGGAACAUUUACAACAUCCAGCAAUUUUAGGCUCAACUACCAUCGCCUUGGGAACACAUCUCUCAGCGAGAUAACCUGCACCAAACACUUAUCAGUAUUGGUGCAUACCCCCGAAUUUUCCACAUGGUCACUUUUUGUAAUCUGGUGGAUAAUAACACUUUGUAUGAACUAGUUAUGAGAACACGUGUUUUAUCAUUAUUAUUAUCAUUGUUAUAUUGUUAUUAUUUCAUAGAUGACUUUAUAUUGAGGCAUUUAAGUUCAUGCUAGUUAUGUGGGUUGUCUUUUCAUAUUGGACAGAUGUGUAAAGGGCUCGUGCAAUUAAACUAUGGAGGAUACCUGUGAAAACACAACUGGCAAAUAUCAAAUGACAUAAUGUACAUGCUCCUGCGUAUCUACUUUGUGAAUUAUAUUAAUAAAAUGUUUUUCUUGGACAUUUA